AUGAAAGUGGAACAGAGGCAGAUGCAAAAUGAUCAAAAGAGAAUUAAUUCUUCUAACAACAGUUCAUCUAACUUCAAUUCGGUUGCAGAUCAGGUUAGCAAAGCUAACAUGCAUCAUGGGAAACUAUUAGUGGAUACUUCAUUACCUGAAAAACUAAUAUCAGAGGGGUUACCAGAGGACUCAUCUUCAACUACUUCUGAAUUGUUUUACCAUGAAGCAGACCUCUCCAUGACCAACACUAAACAUGUUCUUCCAGAACAAGUAGUCAAAGAAUCGACUCCAAAGGAAUCCUCCUUGAUUCUUAUGAAACCCCAGAAGAUAGAAAAGAAACAAGUUAAUUUAUCAGAGAUCAAGGUAUUCUUUCCAUCAGAGUGA